CUAUCGCCAACACUAGGUGCCAACUUUCGCCGACUGUCACACAGCUGAGGAGCUCCUGGCGCAUACCUGCCUUUCCCGCUCACGAGUGUCGCUUUAAAGCUUGCAUGUGACUUUCGAAUUGCUGUAUCUUAUUUGAAAGCCGGGUCCACUGAAAUUUGCGCAACAAGUGGCCAUAGCCAACAAUGUCCAUUCUUUCCAGCUCUGAUACAAACAGCUUAAAACGUGAAGUUGGGCACUUGGCUGUUUGGUCGGUGACCAGCGCAAAAGCCGGAAAUGGAGUCGAAAUGCUACGCGACGGGAGCACGGAAACCUUCUGGCAGUCAGAUGGCCUCCAGCCCCACCUCAUAAAUGUCCAGUUCCAGCGGAAAGUACCGCUGCUGGAGCUCCAGAUGUACGUGGACUAUAAGCUAGAUGAGAGCUACACGCCCAGCCGGGUGUCUGUGAGGGCGGGUCACACCUAUCAAGACCUGAAGGAGGUGCGGGUGCUGGAGCUGGAGGAGCCGUCCGGGUGGGUGGUCAUUCCGCUCACGGCAGACGAUGCGCCCCAUGAGCCGCUCAAGGCCUUCUACCUACAGCUGGCCGUGCUGGCCAACCACCAGAACGGCCGCGACACACACAUACGACAGGUGAAGGUGUUCUCAGCCCGCACGGACGCGCAGCGGCUACUGCCAUGCAGCAUGACCACCCCGCAGAUGUCUAUGUUCUCCACGGUUCGGUGAGACCAGCCGCUCGGGGUAGCUAACCAGCCGACGUGUCAGUAAACGCGUGUCGUAUGGGGGUUGGGAUGUGCUGAGCGGGCUCACCCCGACGUCAAUAAUGGAAGGGUAGCGCGGAAGUGCGUCUGGGUUUGACAGUGUCGGGUGUACGGCAGGGCACCAUGCGCAUGUAUGCCUGGCUGGCUGACUGACUGGUUGUGCGCUGUGAAAUUGCUCAAACGGACCAGUGCAUGCGGGUGCGUCUGCAUCGCGCAGGCGUUUCUCAUGCGUGCUGCGAAAGAACGCUGAAAGCUGGUGGGUUGAGGCCACGUUGGAUGGCAGCGGCUUUUUGUCCCUUUGUGUGCUAGGGCGCGUAGAACCUUCAGGUGGUGGCCGAGGCGGUGAGAGGAGCGGCGGCGCACACGUGGGCACUGGGCAGGAGAGGAGCUACAGUAUUCUGUGGAAUUCAAACACUCGUCGGGGGGCUCAGGCGGAUUGGCGCGAGGCACCGCCGGGUGGGCGAUUUUGGUCCUUGCUUAAACUGGACGGUCCCGCGUUGCAGGAUUUCAGCUUUUGGGUAGUGAAGUGGUGGGGUGGUCAAGGUGCGUGGCGUGUGCGAGGGCGUGGGUACCGCAUUGCGCCAGAUCGACAACGCUCGGUCGAAGGGCUCUGACUCGGGGCACGCUAGUAAAUGCUUACCCAAAUAUUAAACAUACUC